AUGCAUGUACAUUAUUAUUUUCUUAUUUUUAAACAUGAAGAGGACAAUGCUGAGGAUGAGGAAGUCAGUCGCGAGUUUCAUGUAGAAUCAAUAGAUCUAAAAACCAUCAAGAACGCUUCCGACCACCACACGAUUGACUACAAAUGUAUCAAAGAAAGGACGUUUGAAGGAAAAGAUGAACCAGCUGCCCUUGUGGUAAGACGUGGUCAUGUUUUCAGCAUCAACAUCACCUUUGACCGAGAGUACGAAGCAAAAAUACACGACCUCCAACUACGCUUCACACUUGGGGUGGAUCCGUCUGUUUUGCGGGGCACUGAAGCAACAAUACUUAUGGACGAAGAAGGAAAAAAGUUUGACAACAGUGGAAAGUGGCAAGCCCGAGUUACUAACAAGAUGCCCGCUAAGACACUUGAGAUAGAAGUGCUGACGCCCCCAAGUUGUGUGGUCGGAGACUGGGACCUGCAUGUGUAUACCAUCUCAAAAGACAAAAGAGGAGAAACAAAGAAGCUCCAUUACAAACAUGACCAAGAUAUCUUCAUACUGUUCAACGCCUGGUGCAAAGAGGACCCUGUUUAUUUUCCGGAAGACCCGGACCACCUGUCGGAUAUUAAGCCUGUGAGUGAGUACGUUUUGAACCCGUCAGGAUGUGUCUAUACAGGCUAUCAAAGAGCGAAACCCUGGCGAUUUGCACAGUUUGAUGAAGAUAUUUUACAAAUCUCCUUGAGGUUAAUUAGAAAGUAUUUCGGUGGAGUCGUCAACCAAGAUAUGGGUAACCCCAUCAAAGUAGUCAGAGCCAUUUCGUCAGUGCUUAAUGGUAAUGACAAUGACGGUGCGAUCAUUGGUCGUUGGGCUAAAGACUACCCGGGCGGAACUCGUCCAACAGUUUGGAAAGGGUCAACAUCCAUCCUGAGACAAUUCCGAGAUAAAGGCCCAGUAAAAUACGGCCAGUGCUGGGUUUUUUCUGCUGUCGCAGUCACAGUCGCCAGAGCCGUCGGAAUACCUUGCAGAAGUGUCACAAAUUAUUCUUCUGCUCAUGACGCUGACAAAACCAAUGCGAUAGAAAAGCUCAUUGGAGAUGAUGAUGAGAUCACCUCACUGAGAAAUGACAGUAUUUGGAAUUUCCAUGUCUGGAAUGAAGCAUGGAUGACCAGACCGGAUCUGAUAAAAGACAAAUUUAACGGCUGGCAAAUCUUUGAUGCUACGCCCCAGGAAACAAGCGAAGGAUUGUUUCAAUGUGGACCAGCCCCUCUUCGGGCAGUGAGGGAAGGCCUUACUUACAUGCCAAUGGACACGGGCUUUGUCUUUGCUGAAGUAAACGCCGACAUCAUCUAUUACAAGCAUAGUUUGAAUGGAUAUAAAAAGAUUAAAACAGAGAAAAAUCAUGUUGGAGAGUAUAUCAGCACCAAACCGCCAGACGGAAAGCCUAUUGAAUAUUACAGAAGCAGACUGGAUAUUACAGAUCUAUACAAACACAAGGAAGGCUCCCUGGAAGAGAGGACAGCAGUGACGAGAGCAAUGAGACAUGCUGGAACUGAAUUGAUAGAAGUGGAUCAGGAAGUCACAAUAACCAUCGGGAAAAAGAAGAAAGAUGAGGUUUUGGUCGGUGAGGACUUAGAUGUUGUCAUAGUUGUGAAAAAUACAAAAGACGACAAGGAAAAAAGAAUGAAAAUUAGCCACAUGAGAUGCAAGAUCAGUUCCAUGGACUACACAGGAGCCACAACUAUUCCUGUAAAAAUCCUAGACAAGUGGGAUUUCUUUCUUAAUCCCGACGAAGAGCAAAAAUUCGAAAUGAAGAUUACAUGGGAUGAUUACAAAGACAAACUUAUGGAGGAAAGUGAAUUUCAGGUUUCAACAGUAGUUACCGUUGCCAAGUCUAGAAAUUCUUUCCCAGAAUUUAGAAUCUUCUCUCUCCGAAAUGACUCCAUCGUGGAAAUACACGUCAAAGGAGGAAAGACAUGCAAAGUUGGAGAUAUCGUCAAAAUGAAAUUGACAGUUAAGAACCCUCUUCCUUUGAAGCUCACUGGGUGCUUCCUCAGUUUCGAUACUGAAAAAUUCGAUGACUACAAAGAGGAAAAACAGAAUGACAUCCAGCCAAUGUCAACGUGGACGAAAGACAUUGAAUUGAAGGCUCUUCGCCCGGGAAUGGGACAGAUACUGGCAACCCUUGAAACGGAGGAGCUUCCGGUCAUUUACGGAAAUGAAGUGAUAGAAAUCGUGGAGUGAUGUGAUAUAUCCAUUGUUAUCAAACAUUACUAGGAAAACCAUUAUUACGAAUUGAAACACACUGCAUA